AUGAGGGAGGAGGAGGUUGCCUCUAUUGCUGCCAAGCCGUUGCUGGCGGGGUUGGGUUCGCCGUCGUUGUUGAGCUGUGUGCCGCCGUUGGCGUCUGGAUCGCCACUCUGUUUCUGCUGCAACUCGCCACUGUCCUGGCUGCUAUACAGCACCACAUUUAUUGCAGACUCUGCUCUCUCAUUUGGCGCAAGCAAUAGCAGAUUAUGUUGUUUUCCAAGUGAAGUCUGGGCUCACUGCAUACAAAUAUUUGAUUCAUGGGGUGGACAACUACCACCUGAUAUGUGGGAACGCUGGUCAAAGCCUUAUAUCAAAGAGAUUGUAGAUUUGGUCAAGAAAAGAUGCCCUGAGACACCUAUUGUUCUUUAUAUAAAUGGAAAUGGUGGCCUCCUUGAGCGUAUGAAAGAUACUGGAAUUGAUGUUAUUGGGCUGGACUGGACUGUGGAUAUGGCAGAUGGAAGAAGAAGAUUGGGUAGUGGAAUAGGUAUGCAGGGAAAUGUGGACCCUGCCUACUUAUUCUCCCCACUUUCUGCCCUCACUGAAGAAAUUUAG